AAAAAUAAACACAAAGAAAGAAACAAAACCCGUAAUAUAUAACAUAAGCUUGUCUGCAUUACUUCUCUUUUCUUUAGCAACAAAUAACCAUGAAAAAAUUAAUUCUUUAUCAAAUCUUCAAACCCAAAUUUACUAAUAAUUUUGUUUUGCAUGUUAUGUUUUGAAUGAAAACAUAAAAACCAUUCAAAACAUAAAUUUUUAGCAGUUUAGCACCCAAAAACGAUAAAAACUCAAAUAUUUUACACUGUUAUCUCUGAUUCUCUGUACUGUUUGAUAUUUGAAAUGGGGCCCAAUAGUGGUACUUUCAAGAGGAAGAAGAAAGCAGAGAAAAAAGUUGACCCGAAUGUGUUGGCUGCUGCUUCUUUGAAAUUUAAACUUCCCCAAGUUGUAGACUCCACUGAUUGGUGGGAGAGUUUCUCGUCAAGGAUUGCUGGGCCUCUGUCUGGAUCAAACUUAAAGAAAUUUGAAUCUAUUUUCAAAAUCUCGAGAAAGACGUUCAACUAUAUAUGUUAUCUCGUGACUGAUGAAUUGAGGGCGAGGAAUUGUAACUUGACUGGUUCAAAUGGGAGGUCGUUAUCUUUAAAUGACCAAGUAGCAAUUGCUCUUAGGAGACUUGUCUCUGGUGAAUCAUUGUCAAGUGUUGGUGAUUCAUUUGGCGUCAACCAAUCAACUGUCUCUCAUAUAACCUGGCGGUUUGUGGAAGCAAUGGAAGAAAGAGGGGUGCACCAUCUUCGUUGGCCCUCCACCGAAGCAGAAAUGGCAGCAAUAAAGUCAAAGUUUGAGAAGUUACAUGGCCUACCUAAUUGCUGUGGUGUGAUUGAAGCCACACACAUUGUCAUGACCCUGCCAGCUGUGGACCAUUCAAAUGAUGUCUGGAUUGAUCAGGAGAAGAAUCACAGCAUGGUGUUGCAGGCAAUAGUGGACCCCGACAUGAGAUUCCGCGAUGUAAUUGUUGGCUACCCAGGUAGUUUAAGUGACGCUCUUGUGCUACAAAAUUCGAGUUUCUUUGAACUGUCGGAAGAAGGGAAAAGACUAAAUGGGAAGAAGAUGGAGCUCAUGGAAGGAACAGAAUUACAAGAAUACAUCAUAGGCGAUGCAGGGUUUCCACUAAUGCCGUGGUUGCUUAUACCUUAUCAAGAAGCAAAAAAGGAUCACGAGGUUGAGUUUAACAAGCGACAUUCUGCAACAACAUCAGUAGCGCAGAUUGCAUUGGCAAGACUGAAGGAAACGUGGAGGAUUAUUCAUGGGGCUAUGUGGAUGCCUGACAAAAACAGGUUGCCAAGAAUAAUAUUUGUAUGCUGCUUGCUACACAAUAUUAUUAUCGACAUGGAGGAUAAGGUGUUCAAUGAGAUGCCUGUUUCUCUUAUUCAUGACAAGGAUUAUCGGCAACAAGUUUGUGAAUCUGCCUCCAGUACGGGCACUGAAAUGAGAGAGAAGCUUUCUCUGUACUUAUCUGGACCUCCAAGUAGCAUAGUUCCUAGAGACACAGAGGUAGUGAAGAGUCCAGAGAUGCCCUUUAGUAAAAGCUCAUUGAUCUGGCAGGACAUCGAAUCCAUUGAAAUAUUCCGAUUUUUGCCUCAGAAACCGCAUUUUAGUCCUUUGAUUGAAAUCGACGAGGCAAGCCGCGAAGGGCUCGCUAUGCGCCAUAUGAUGACCUUCGUCACGGUGGUAGACAAGACUAAGAGGUUACGAAUAGACGAUUCGAGGAUCGAUUUCCAAAGCCAUCUGGGAAUUCUUAGUAACCUGGAAUCGAUGGGAUUUGAUGUUAAGGCAGUAUCGCGGCGCCUCCUAUUGUUGCUGGAAGUAAGAGAUGCGUAUGAGCGGCUCAAGACAAAUAAUAACGAAAUGGCUCCAUCAGAAAAAGCUAUCAAUGAAACGGACUGUUCGACGAUCGCGUCAGGAGAGAAACAGGCAAUUGAGGUGACAACUGCGAUAAAAGCUGGACCCGUAACAAAUUCAGACAAUUUAAAGCAGCAGUUUGAAAGGAUAGCUUGUGCACCUUGGACUGCGAUAAAAGCUGAACCCGUAACGAAUUCAGACAAUUUAAAGCAGCAGUUUGAAAGGGUAGCUAGUGAACCUUGGAAACCGAAAUAAUAUGUAAGAAAAGAGAUGGAGAUGAACUUUGAGAACUGCUCAUUCUGUAUUAUUUAUGAAAAUUUAAAGAACAUUCAUUUAGA